AUGGCUUUAUCCCUCUCGUCUCUGCUUACCAUUGCUCUUCUUUCCGCUAGCUCUCGCGGUCAACGUGAGGGAACCAUUGGUCCUACGGGAGACCUCGUCAUCUCCAAUGGAGACGUCUCUCCCGAUGGCUUUGGACGCAUCGCUGCAUUGGCGAAUUCGCGUAUUGAUGGGACGCUCAUUCGAGCCAACAAGGGAGACGUGUUCCAAAUCAACGUCGUCAACGAGCUUUCUAAUGACUCGAUUUUACAGAGCACGACUAUCCACUGGCACGGUCUCUUCCAGAAGGGUACUGGGUGGGCUGAUGGGCCCGCAUUUGUGAACCAAUGUCCUAUAGCCAAGGGAGAUUCAUUCCUAUACACUUUUGAUACCACGGACCAGGCUGGAUCGUUCUGGUACCACUCCCAUUUGUCUACUCAAUACUGUGAUGGGCUACGAGGGCCUCUUGUCAUCUACGACCCCAAUGAUCCACAUGCCGACUUAUAUGAUGUCGAUGAUGAUAGUACGAGUAUUUUGACAUUGUCAGAUUGGUAUCAUACACCCGCGAAGCAACUCGGAUUCCCCACUCCGGACUCUACACUCAUAAACGGACUGGGAAGAUGGAGCCUCGGAGACCUCACAGAGGACUUAUCCAUUGUACAGGUUACACAAGGAACACGGUACCGCAUCAGAAUGUUCAAUGUAGGCUGUGAGGCGGCAUUCACCGUCUCCAUUGAAAGCCAUUUGAUGACAAUCAUCGAAGUUGACGGUGUGAAUCACGUCCCGUAUACCGUGGAUGAAAUCCAGAUUUUUACAGGUCAACGGUACUCCUUCGUGUUAAAUGCAGACCAGGCAGUCGGCAAUUAUUGGAUCCGAGCCAAUCCCAGCGUUGGGACAGCAGGCUUCGCAGGCGGUAUAAACUCUGCGAUUCUACGAUAUGACGGCGCCGAUAGCGCGGAACCAUCUACCGGCACUUUCACGAGCGUGCUAAAGAUGAAUGAGACCGAGUUAGUGCCACUUGAGAACCCUGGAACUCCGGGAUCCCCUGAAAUCGGAGGUGUCGACUACGCGCUCAACCUGGCUUUCGCUUUUGUACCGGGCACAUUCACGGUCAACGGCGCUCAAUUUGUUCCUCCCACAACUCCCGUUCUUCUCCAGAUUCUAAGCGGUGCACAAAGUGCGAGCGAUCUCCUUCCCCAGGGUUCGGUCUUCCCAUUACCAGCGAAUUCUACGAUCGAACUUUCCAUGCCAGGCGGUAUUGUCGGUGGAGGUCAUCCGUUCCAUUUACACGGUCACACGUUCGAUGUCGUCCGCAGCACCGGUAGCACUGUGUACAACUAUGAGAACCCUGUGAGGCGAGACGUUGUCAACAUCGGUGUCAAGGGGGACAAUGUUACUAUCCGUUUCACAACCGACAACCCGGGACCUUGGUUCCUUCACUGCCACAUUGAUUGGCACUUGGAGGCUGGACUUGCCGUGGUUUUUGCAGAAGCCACAGAGAACUGGAACAAUACUAUUGAUCCAACUGAUCAAUGGGAUCAGCUCUGCUCCAUAUACGACAGUACACCUGCUGCGGACCUAUAA